UGAACUAAUUAUCAAAUCAUGUUUUGAAUCUCUUUCCUCUAUGGGACUGCUAUAUCACGACUAUAAUACUAAUCAACUCCAAGAUCUAUUAAUGCAAACAGCAUAUUACAUGAAAUCAUCCGACUAUUAUCUCAUUCAAAUACACGACAAAUUGCCCUCAGCAGCAAGAUAAAUGUUCCGAUUAGUUUCUACAGAUUUUGUGUUGCAAUGCUGACAGUGGUUUUGAUCUUUGGACUUUUCCAUCUUAGAGCGACCUACAUUGUAUCCGAAUGGGAGCAACCAGUUUGUCCAUUUGUUAAAUGUCAAAAUAAAGGAUUACUCGAUCAAACAACAUGUCGAUGUGUGUGUCCACAAGAUUAUUUUGGAUUUUUCUGCGAAAAGAGUUUUCAGAACAGUAACUGGCCAGACGGGACAUACGCCCUCCCUGCCUCAAUGUUCGGUUGUCCUGAGACUGAGGACAGGGGUUGGACCUUAUCUUACAUUAACCUGACUCUCCCGGACUCCGCCCAACGACAGUACUGGAACAUUAAAGACCCAGACCUCCUCAAUGGCAUCAUAGAGCCAAACAUACUGGGACCUUACUAUUAUCAUGCUAUUCAAAUGAACUUUUGUGUGAAAAAUCGAACUAGUGAUAGAGGAGAUGACAAUGAAACAUCAUCUGAGUGGCCCAAAGGGCAGUACUGUAUAUACAGUUUCAGCAGCAUAUGCCCUCAAGGGUUUUCUAAUGGCAGCUUGACAAUAUCCGGUUAUCAGUUUACAAAACAGGAUAUAGGGGGCGUUAUUCCAGGGGAGACCGGAAGCAAUAUGAGUCUCAUGCUGCAGUUCUGCUGUAGAGAAGAUGGCGAUACCCAGGCACCAAUAAAACUACCAUCAGACUUUCCAUUUGUUCUUUUCCAGAGUUCAUCAGCUAAUUCUUGUCAGGAGGUGGAGUCUAUGAUCGUACAGCGGGACUAUUUGUAUAUGACCAAUGAAAACGAUGAGUGGAAUUUCAAAGGAGUGUUACCGUUCUUUAACAAAACAGCAUUAAAUGAAUCUGUAGGCGUGGCCUAUUGCUACUACGAACCUUUUGCGCGCCGUGAGUGCUACUUUGACAUGGACUUUGGAAAUUCUUACAACGGAAGAGCCAAUGUUUCAAAGAAAGGGAAAGCCUGCUUACCUUGGACAAAAUCUAGCUUUGAACUUUUCAAGAACAGCAGGAAGGCGUAUCAUGAGUUCGAUGAAAAUUACUGUCGAGCUUACCAGUAUUAUACAUACAAAUCGGGGAAACCAUUCUGCAUUGUUAAGUUACCAAACUGGAGACAAUACUGCAUAAUUAGAAAAUGUGAUAAGGAUAAAAACUUGAAGGAAUAUGGAAAGUUUACAUCUUAUAAAAGUGUUCAACAUGACGAAAACUUCGAGGCAAUUUAUGCAGUUGAUGGUUCGAUAGAUACCCUGAACUCAUUUAUUUCAAAGCGACCCAUGAUGAAGCCAUGGUUUCAAAUCAAUCUUCAGGAACACGUGGAGGUUCACGCUAUAAUUAUUUACCGUCUUAGUACUUACAUGCCUCAUAAUCUGCGAUACCUUGGGACCUACGUCAGUAAGAAUCCGUGGGAUUUCAUAAACUAUGGCGCUGUUCGAUGUGACGACAUCAGACUCCCAGGAUACUCCAGAGUGUUCCGGUAUCAGUGCAGGCGUCCGGUGGUGGGUCAAUACGUCACCAUACGGAACUUUGAUUUCACACAUCCAGACCAUAAUCCAGGCAACUUUUUCAAAAUGGAAAUCAACGAGAUUAAAAUUCUAGGAAAAGAGACAACUUGUGGUAGGCCCUUGGGUAUGGCCUCAGGUAACAUCUAUGACUAUCAGUUAGAAGCCUCGUCUAUAAAUGAAGAGAGUGGACAAAUACUUCCUCUUCCACUUCGAGGACGACUGUAUCAUCCAAACCCAGGAUGGUGUGCUCAGAAAACAGAAAGAUCGCCAUGGUUUAUGAUUGAUUUAGUUGUCCCGACGGUUGUCCAGGGAUUAUCGGUCCAGGGAUGGACAUCAGGAAAGGAAGCCAGAUACAUUCAAUCAUUCCAAUUGUCCUACGGAGUAACGAAAAAUAAGAUAAAACGAUAUGAAGAUUCACCUGGAAUUGUGAAAACUUUCAACAUUGAUGAUAGCAUACCGAUAAGCACACCCCAGUCCUUCCUACUGCACAAUGAAAUCCUGACAAGAUACAUAAAAAUACAUCCAAUACAAGCAGAGGGUCAGGAGGCAUGUCUGAAGGCAGAAGUGAUUGGUUGCCAAAAACAGUUGCAGAGAGAUAUAAAGUGUAGAAAUGGUACGAUUGACUUUGGAUUUGAAGAAUUAAGACGGUUUUCUUUCUGGCUUAACUCAGAGAAUACACAACAAUCUUAUAAAAAUAUAUCAAGUAUAGAAGGCUGUAGACAGUUUUGUUUGAAGAACAACUGCACCUCUCUGUCCUUUAAAAAGUACACAUCGGAUCAAGCAUGUUCUUUAAGCUUGGGAGACCGAUAUCACCCUGCAAGAAUGUUUGCCUGGGUUCAGACGGGUGUAAAGCUUAAUUUUGUUUCACAUCGACUCUGCUUUAAAGAUGCUUAUGAGGUCAAUCCUUGUACAUAUUUCAUAGACGUAUCGAAAAGUGAAGAAGAAUAUAUUAGGUCGCCAGGUUUUCCAUUUAGUUAUGGACAGGGGCUGAAUUGUACUUGGAAUGUUCAUUCCGGGGAUUCAGGGUUCAUAAAACUGGAAAUUGUUUACGUGCAUCUGCCUAGAACGACAACAGAAAUGGAGUUAAAUGAGCUUGGAAUGCUCGAGAUAAAUCCUGGAAGGUGUCAAGACCGGAUAGUUAUACAAGAAGCUACCAACAGCAUUGUAAUUACAUCAGAUUCACAGGAUAAAUUUCGUAACACAGUAGUUAUAUCCUCAAGAAGAAGUGUUGUUGUAUCUCUAGAAUCGUGUUUUCAAAUGUCUACAAUGCAGCUAGAAAAGAUCUUUGAAAUAAAGGUCACGAAAUCAGAUAAACCAGGGUGUGGAAUGGCCUUAGGAGGGCGUACGGUUAGGUGUAGAAUGCAAUCAGCUUACAUAUCAACUGAUCUAUAUCCAGCUCCAUAUAAAAAAGGGGAUUCUGCCACAUGGAAAAUCGACGGAAAAUUUGGGCAAUACGUACAACUGACGAUACUUAACCUAGACAUUGUAAAUGGUGGAGCAAGCUGUUCAAAUUCAUAUAUUGCGGUAUAUGACACGGACCUGAAUCAAAGACAAAAGUUGAUAGGAAGAUUUUGUAAAGAAAAUAGACCGUUUAGGAUUAUUACUUCUAGAUGGCAUUUUAUGAGAAUAGAAUUUCGAUCAAGGACGGACCAGAUUCCUGGACAGGGAUUUUUGGGAUUCUACGAGUUGGUGUAUUUUACCCAAAACUUUCAAAUUAUCAGACAUGAAGGGUGUCCGGGAAUUUGGCACUAUAGGAAUGGUAGUUGCUACAAAAUUUUCACAGGUGACGUAGGUAUCACAUGGUCUGAAGCAAAUCAACACUGUAUUCAAAAGAAUGGAAGCCUUGUCAGCAUAGCUUCAAAACAAGAACUCGCAUAUGUACAUUACAUGGUAACCAACCAUAAAAGCGUGAGCGGUGACUGGGAGAUAUAUAUUGGUCUGCAAAAAAGAUAUUCUAAAGAAACAGAUGAACUAAAAUAUACUUGGUCAGAUGGGAACCCCCUUACUUUUACUGCCUGGUUUCGUGAUGGCAGCAUUAAGGACCGGCAACCCAAUGGGGUUCAUAAUGAGCUAUGUACCAGUAUAAAGUUCUAUAAUAUUCGUUCAAUGGAUGAUUGGCAUGACACAGCUUGUGCUUACAAUAAAAUCCAAAGCUACAUGUGCGAAAUUGAUGUUGAAUAUAAUAGAAAAACUAUCAGUCGAGAGAACUGGUGGGGAAAUGGAACUCUUGUUUCAAUGUCAGCAGAGCUGGAUAACAUUUUGUUCCAGUGUGAGAACACAGAACUGAUCAGCAGAUUGUUUGUGUGUGACGGAAUGGAGGACUGUUUUGAUGGAUCGGAUGAGUCCAACUGCUCUUCCAUGUGUACAGGUCAGCAGUUUCAAUGUACUGAUGGAGGCUGUAUUUCCAUUAGUCUGUACUGUGACUUUGUUUACCAUUGUGACGAUCACUCUGAUGAAACAGACUGUAUAAGAAGACCAUGCAAUGACGAUGAAUGGAAAUGCAAGAAUGAUCAAUGUAUUACUGCAACUGACCGCUGUGACAUGAAGACGGACUGUUUUGAUGGAAGUGAUGAGGUAUUUUGUGAAGGUUGUAAACAUGGCUUUGAAUGUUACGAUCAGACCUGCAUCCACCCCUCUAAGGUGUGUGAUGGUUUUAUCGACUGUAGUGGAUUCUUCGCUGAAGAUGAAUCUCAGAAUUGUGAGGACAAUGUCCAGGAGACGUGCAGAGAUUGGUGGGGACUGGGACGGAGAGAAAAUGGAGAAUAUCUUGUUAGUCUUGGCUUAGAAGAUAUUUCUCCAGUGAUCGUAGAGUGUCGAUUUCGUGAACUAAAUAAAAGUGUCCUUGUGGAAACAUUAAUACACCAUUCCGAGGAGGAGACAAUAUACUCAAGCUUAAUAAUCGUAGAUAAACAACUCAGAUACACUGCACAUGAUAAACAAAUAUGGAAACUAAAAAAGACAAAUAAAUGCAGCCAGACGGUAAGGAUCUCGUGUCAUUAUGUAUACUCAAAAGACAUCAGAUGGCAAGGGAAAAAUGGACAGUUAUUCUAUUCAAGUCUGGGGCCUUCAUCAAAAUCUUGCUCGUGCCCUUUUGUCAAUAAAUGUGAAGAAGGAAAGACAAGAUGUAACUGUAACCCAACAUUAGAUGAAUUAUACAGUGCUGAAGUUACGGACGUAAGAGAAGAUGCCGGAGUUAUAACUGACCAUUCAUUGCUACCUGUCCAAAAACUAUUUAUAGAUCGUCCAGGAGAAGAUAGCUUCGUGAAAUUAGAAAUAGGACCCCUUAUAUGCGCUGAAGAGACUAGGGAAUUUUCAAAAGACUUUCUUUGUCGUACUGGGAAAAUUGAACCACUUUCAAUUCACUGUAUUCUUGAUUAUGACGUGUAUGGUGAUGUCAUAGGAUGCCGAGAUUUGUCACAUUUAGAUGAUUGUGAAACCAUGUUAUGCCCACCAGGGUAUAUGAAAUGCCCGGGAAGUUUUUGUAUUCCUCCACGUUUGAUUUGUGAUGGCGAGAAGCAUUGCAAAGAUGGUGUGGAUGAGAUGCAGUGUGAAACAUGUCCUGGUUUAUAUCGAUGCAAAAACAGCACAGUCUGUUUGAAUCCGGGAAGGCUGUGCGACAACAUUCACCACUGUCCUCUUCACGAUGAUGAAGUUCUUUGUCAGAUCACGUGUCCGGAUGAGUGUAAAUGUGACGGUCUGUCGGGCGUUUGUAGAGAUUUGCAGCACACAAGUCCUGCAAAGCUUCCAGCAGAAUUACGAUUUUUGAACAUAAGUGAAAAUGAUUUUAGGCAUGGUUUGCCAUCUUUGCUACAUUUGGUUCAUUUAGUAAGGUUGUUUAUAACAAAUAGCGGAUUGAAAGCUAUUGAACCAUAUUCAUUUGCUAAUCAGAAAAAUCUUCAGGUACUUGAUCUCGGAAAUAACAAAAUCACUCAUUUAUAUAGUUAUGCAUUUACUGGACUGGUAUCAUUAAAAGUUUUGAACUUGGAGGGAAAUCAUCUUUUAACUGAAAUAUCAGAUUCUGCUUUUGUUGGAUUACAAAAACUACCAAAGUUUUAUUUAACAAAUUGUCGCAUGUGGAAUAUAGGAGAGGGUACUUUUGCUGGUUUACGGAGCGUUCACCUACUAAAUAUUUCUGGCAAUGAUAUUGAAUAUGUUUCGGAUUUUGCUUUUCAAAACUUGUCUGAAGUGAAAGUUUUAGAUAUGAGAAAAAACAAAAUAAAGCAAUUUUCAGCCAAAAUAUUUUAUGGUCUAUCUAAACUGGAAAAAUUAUUCACGGAUUCAUACGCAUUUUGUUGUUUAAAACCAGGAACUGUGAAUGUUUGCUUACCAAAGGCAGAUGAAUUCUCAUCUUGCGAUGACCUGAUGAGAAACGAAUUCCUCUCGACCUGUAUGUGGAUUAUGGGAUUUUGUUCUUUGUUAGGAAACCUUGGAGUAUUUGUAUUUAAAGUAUUUUUCGAUAAACAAACUUUAAAGAAAGGCCAUGGUAUUUUCAUAACUAAUCUAAGUGUGUCAGACUUUCUAAUGGGAGUAUAUUUGAUAAUUAUAGCUUCUGCUGAUAAAUAUUAUCGUGGGAGUUACAUUUGGAAUGACAUUCAGUGGAGAAACAGCGCAACAUGCAAACUAGCUGGCAUGCUUGCUACCAUCUCAAGCGAAACAUCUGUUCUUUUACUAUGCCUGAUGACAAUAGAUCGUUUAAUAGCCGUCAAAUUUCCAUUAGGCCAGUUUAGAUUUACCAGAAGGAAAGCUCUCUCAUGCAUUGGCGUCUUGUGGAGUACUACCGUCGCUAUGGCAGCCAUUCCGCUGAUUCCAGGAGGAUACUUUGAAGGAGAGUUCUACUCUCGCUCUGUGGUCUGCCUGGCUUUACCUCUAACCAGAGACAGACCUGCUGGAUGGGAGUACUCCACUGCAAUCUUCAUCAUACUCAAUUUUCUACUAUUCGUGGUCAUUGUGUUGGGACAGUGUAUGAUAUACAGAGAAAUAUCAAGAUCAACUGGCAGUAUAAAAUCAACUAGGAAAACCCAAGACAUGGUCAUUGCCCGUGGACUCUUCCUUGUCAUUUUCACCGAUUUCAUAUGUUGGUUUCCCAUUGGAAUUAUGGGUUUAUUGGCUCUAAGAGGCCACGUGGUAUCAGGAGAGGUCUAUGCAUGGGUCGCUGUCUUUAUACUCCCAAUUAAUUCCGCUUUGAAUCCAUUCUUGUAUUCAUUUGCUAAUUUGAGAAAAAGGGUUGAGACGAAUAUGUCAUCAAAAAAGAAAACAUCAAUGCAGGACCACUCGGAAGCAGUUAGCGUGCUGUGUGACAACAGGUUGUUUGUGAUUGGUCAACACUCCACUGUGUAUGUCUCUUUAUCCAAUCAGCUACAGAAGGGAAUAAUUACUGUACCGGAAAUGAAGCUUGUUGUUUACCGAUUGGCUGAAGCUCUAAAGAUUCUACAUGAAUACGAUCUCGUUCAUGGAAACUUAAACACAGAUCUUGUUUUGCUUGAUGUUGUCAACAAGAAAAUAGAAGACGUGUAUAUCAGAACUGUGCCUAAAGAAGCUGAAAAAGAUGACGAAAUCCCAAAAGAUAUAAAACAACUGGGGGAAAUCACUCUAAAAAUGCUCAAGAACUACCAUAAGAAAAUAUCACAAAGCACUGAAUGUUAGAGUUAUGUACUUCGAAUUCUAGCGAUUAAAGAAAAUAUCAAUUUGUGCAUCACGCAUUCUUAAAUUCAGUUGAGAAAUGCUGCAUAUUUUAUUUUUGGAUAGAUAUAUACUUCUUCCAGGACAUAGAACAUUUUUCACCAGAAAAAUGCAAUGCCAUUUUUGUGGAAAUGACCCAAUCGCAAAAAAUGUCAUCGUGCUCCUUGUUUAAUAUGCCAGUCAUUUCUUGACAAUAUGAGAAACUGUUGUAAAUUGUACAAAUGUUGGUUCAAAAGUUAUGUCAGAGUUGCCAUACAAUUUUGAAUAAUCGAAACUGUGCAAUAAACUUUUAUUUUAUA